AUGCUGAAGCAGAGCACCCGUUGCGCCACGGAACUUGCCAAAUGGCAAAUCUGUCCAGGCUCUGGGCUCGAGAUUGACCUUCAGUCUUCAGCUCAAAUGAUGCAGUAUUCUUUACCUCCUCUUGCCCGGAUUGGGCUUACCGUGUGGCCAUUCAUUGGCCUGGCUUUCGGCACAACAACUGGCAAAGACUGUGCAUCAAACGCGGCAUCCCUUCUUGCCGUGAAAGCGGAAACACACGUGGCCGAGCUCGCCUUACUUGAGGAUGCACCCAUCAAUUUUACGAAUGGUUCGAACGCAUCCAUUAACGAGACGCUCGAGGGCUUAGUCAGUAACAACAUUGUACAGAACAUGAAGGAGAUCAAAGCCUUGCCAAACCCGGAGAACCGCAGCAACAGCAGCAGCAAUGGCACUGAUUUCAAUGGCACUGCCAACGACACCAAGAAUGGCACCAGCAAUAGCUCGAAUGGCACUGCUGGGGAUACCAAUGGCACUGCGGGCAGCCAGCGGCCGAAGCAUGGUUUCGGAGAGCUCGCAGUGAACUUGGAGUUCAUUACCCUGAAGUUAGCGCAACUGGAAACGGUCGCGGAGCUUCAACAAGUUGAGAUCCACAAGCUCCUCGCGAAGGUUGAUGAACAGGACCAAGAGAUCAAGAAGCUGAAGCAGGCGCAGACUGGCGCGGCUCCUUCACCGCCGACGUCGUCCCUUUCACAGGAAUCGAGCCGAGCCCGAGUGGAAGAGGCGCAGAAGGUCUUCAAGAAGGUUGUGCAGAAGCACUUCCAUCAGCGCCAGAAGAGGGAGUUUGUGACUCCGUUUUCAGGCACCACCAAGAAGGCAGCCAAAGAGAGCGGUGGGCCGAAGUCCGCCAAGAAGCAGGCCCGCCAGGCCCGCCAGGCUCCGGCAGCGGCUCGGGAGGAUCGCGAGGCUCUGCUGCAGCGGUCCACCUCCAGCGGCGAAGGCCAAGGCAACCUGAGCUCGCUGGACACCGCAGUGUCCGCGAAGUGGGUGGAUGAUGUCGUUGACACAGUGAGUGAUGUUGGCAGUUCCGCGCUGGGGACCAUCACGGACGGCACCGGCAUGAUUGGCGAUGCCCUUGGCGAUGCGUACGAGCACGCUGCAGAUCAGAUUUCCUUCGUGGCGAAUACCGUCAUUGACACUGUGGAGAUGGCAGUGACCAUCCUCCUCCGCGGCUUCACAGACUGGGACGCGGCCUGUCCAGACAUGCAAUGGCCCAGCAUGACAGUGAACUCCAACGGGCUGUACGUCGAUUGGGGCAAGCAGUACUGCUACAUCAGGCUCAUGGGCCAGAGCAUCACCCUCCUGGAUUUCGAUUUCGGGGAGACGAGCCUGUCUUGGCCAGAGCCGAUCAAGACAGUUACGCGUUACGGACUGGAGCCUAUCAAGGCAGUAGUGAACAUUGGCAGGGAGAUCGUGAGCUGCGCCACGGAGGGCUCGGUUACAGACGUUUUCAAGUGCUUCGGCAACAAGCUCCUUGAAGUGGUGCCGCCUCUGAACUUCCUGAAUCGCAUUGGCGACAUGAUCCAGGAGUUUAUUGAGGUCUUUGCGCAUAUUGCCACCGCGGUCAUCAACACGAUCUUGAAGGACAGCAGCUCCCUGAUCCAGCAAGCUGUGAACUCCAGCUUCCCUGCAGUCGGCUCCCAGCCAGUGGUGCACCACACAGGGAGGAACCUUGUCAUCAAGACCCAUGCCCAGCGGCGCCCGGGUGCCACGUCAGCGGCCACAUCGCAUCCACCAAACAGUGCCGCCCAGGUGGGUGCGAAGCUGAAGCGUGCGCGUCGCGACGAUGAUGAUGACGAUUCCGAUGGUGGUAUCACCUUCGAGAUUCACGACAACGAGGCGAACUACGCGACCAAGCUCAUCACCCAGUUCGCUGGCAAGGAGACAGACACGAGCAGCUGCCUGGCCUUUGCGCCGAAGACCCGGCGCGGGGCCGACAACACAGUGACAAAGCGAGACUGGCAGGUCGGGGAUUACGGCGAUUUCAUCCAACUGGAGCCCUGGGCAGUUCCCUGCGACAACGAAUGGAUGCAAGAGAACCCUGACAAGUGGGAAGGCUAUUCUUUCUACACCUGGGAAUCCGCCAUCGAGAAAUGCGUAACCGUAAGCUACAGCAUGUCCACUCAGCCGGUACUUGCUUUUGUGGGGGGCUUGCAAUUUGACCUCCUGCCGUCGCCCCUGACGGAGAUGGAGACCACGGUGUGCUGGCCAGACAAACAGCCAGGUGGGGUGGACCUCAGCGUCCUCCGCACUGUGAUCCUAUCUGGUGGCGUCCCGCUCUUCAGCCGAACUCUUCGGCUGACCAAACGCUUUGGCAGCAACACGGAUUUCAAGCAAGGAAACAUCUUCCCCGCACACGAGACGUGGAGGAACCCGAUUGGCAUUGCGACAGCCCAGCACGGCGUGGAGGACGACAGGUCCUUGGAAGCUAUGGACCGGGAGGCACUGCUUCAGAACGAGAGCUACACGAAGAAUCGCAAGCCUCCUCCGAAGCACCAGGACCUCCAUUGGACCGAGGAGGAGGUGCACCUGGCCUCCAUGCUCUAUGAUCGGUACAUGAAUACGACCAUGACAAGCCAGCUCCGGGGACCGGAAGCCAGACGAAAGCUCCGCUUGAUGCAGGAAGACCAGGAGACUGGGACCAGCAGCGACUUCGAGCUUUUCAGCUUCGCAAACCCAGGCCUGGUGUCAUUCAACAUCCGGGGCAUCCUGGCCAACAACGACCUGCAGAUUGGCCUGAAGGUGAGCUUUGGCCCUUUCACCUCCCCAGAGAAGCGGAUUACUCUGGUGAACAUCGUGGAUCACUACCGCCUGGUCUUGUCGGCCAUGCCCUUUGUCUCGGUGGACACUCGGCUCAAGGCCUUGGACGCACUGAAGAAUUUCUCUACGAAUGACGUCUCGAGCGCAAGCACUGGCACCGCCUCGGUCGUCGGCGAGGCGGUUGUGGCUCAGAACUACAAAAGCCCGGGAAGGAACUACUUGGCCUUCAGCACUCGCCAGCAUGGCCAGGUGACGAAUUUGUGGCAGGGCCUGAUUGCAGGCGAUAUGACUUGGGAGGUGAUGAUGAAGUUUCACGAGACUCCACCAUACCAGACCAACAUCAUGGGGUCCUACGAGUUCAACGACAACAGCUACAGCACUUCCAAUCGAAGGCGAUCCGUGGGUCUCUUCAUCAAGCCCGAUGGAAGGCAUUUCAUCGGCAGCGCCUUGCAAGGAGAGCGGGGUAGUGCAGCAAGCGGACCCAACCUGUUUGAUCAUAAGUGGCACCAUGUGGUCCUUGUCCUCUCCAAGAGCACGCAGAAGGCCUACUACUUCAUAGAUGGCGUCCGAAUCAACUCAGCAGAUUACCUUGUGGGAAAUCAGAAUCCCUCCAUUGACGGAACCAUCACAAUCGGAGGGGGCCAUUUGGGGCGGAACUUCGACAACCAGGUGAGCCGCUUCGCCAUUUGGAGCCGCGCUUGGUCCCAGGAGGAUGCCACCAAAGCCCUGACCUGUGGCGUUGAUACCACGGGCCUGAAGGUCCUUUACACCUUGGACGGUGGCUUUGAGGACAUAGAGGAUCACUACCUGGAUCUCCGCAGUGUCGGGCCGAAUGGGGCCUUUGUGACAUGCUCCGACUGCUCCCACUGCGCCACCUACGCCAGCACAAGCGUGAGCAUCCGCUGA